UGACCCACCAUCUUUAUCUACAAGGAGACAAAGCACAACUUAUUAUAGGGAAGCACAUAGCAUAGAGACAGUGACAGUGAAAUAACUCAUAACUGCUAUUCAAACCCACUGGUUAAACGAAAUCGAAAGGCCCAAAAAGAUCUUUUGUCCCCAGCUAUCAAUCAAACCAACCAGUUCGCGAGUUCCCAUAGCCAUGCAAAGCUUUUAGAGGUUUCUGGAUAAUGCAACUUCUGAGUCUCUAUUUUUUAUAGGCCGUACUGAUACUGAAAAUCCAUUUGUUGCUUUUAGCUAUAUUAGCUUCAGGACUGUUCAAGAAAUCCAGUGUCUGCGUUUUUGUUUUUUUUUUAAGGAAAUGGGAGUAUUGAGUGAGGGUAUUACGCAGAUUUUGAUACUUGUAGCUUCCUUGGUUGGUAUUGGGUAUGCUUUGCUUCAAUGGUUUUUGGUGUCACAGGUGAAGGUUUCUGGUGACUCUCUUAAUGGUUAUAGUGAGAGGUUGAUUGGAGAGGAAGAAGAAGGAAUUGAUAAUCUCGAUGCUUCUCUCAAGUGUGCUGAAAUCCAGAAUGCUAUUUCUGUUGGGGCAACCUCAUUCCUUUUCACUGAGUACAAGUACCUCAGUAUCUUCGUGGGCGUUUUUGGUGCAAUCAUCUUUCUCUUCCUUGGUUCAGUUAAGGGCUUUAGUAUCCAAAGUGAGCCUUGCACUUACAACAGGGGGAAUCUUUGUAAACCAGCUUUGGCCAAUGCCAUGUUCAGCACAGUUGCUUUCUUGCUUGGUGCUCUCACUUCUGUUCUCUCAGGUUUUCUAGGCAUGAAGAUUGCAACUUAUGCAAAUGCCAGGACAACUCUACAAGCAAGGAAGGGUGUUGGAAAAGCCUUCAUCACUGCUUUCCGGUCUGGGGCAGUGAUGGGUUUCCUUCUUGCUGCCAAUGGGCUUUUAGUGCUCUUUGUCUCCAUCACCUUGUUCAAACUCUACUAUGGAGAUGAUUGGGAGGGACUUUAUGAGUCUAUUACUGGUUAUGGUCUUGGAGGCUCAUCAAUGGCACUCUUUGGAAGAGUUGGAGGAGGUAUAUACACAAAAGCAGCUGAUGUUGGUGCUGACCUUGUUGGUAAAGUUGAGCGAAAUAUCCCAGAAGAUGAUCCUAGAAACCCAGCUGUUAUUGCUGAUAAUGUGGGUGACAAUGUAGGAGACAUUGCUGGGAUGGGUUCUGACCUUUUUGGGUCUUAUGCUGAGUCAUCUUGUGCAGCACUUUUUGUCGCAUCAAUUUCGUCGUUCGGAAUCAGCCAUGACUACGCAGCCAUGUCUUAUCCAUUGAUUAUAAGUUCAAUGGGAAUCAUUGUUUGCUUGAUAACUACACUUUUUGCAACUGAUUUGUUUGAGAUUAAGGAUGUAAGUGAAAUUGAACCCUCAUUGAAGAGACAGCUUCUCAUCUCAACUGUUUUGAUGACUGCUGGGAUUGGUGUGGUCAGCUUCUUAGCUUUACCAUCGGAGUUCACUCUCUUUGAUUUUGGAACUAACAAGGUUGUAAAGAACUGGCACCUUUUCUUUUGUGUUGCAAUUGGCUUGUGGGCUGGACUUGUUAUUGGGUAUACAACUGAGUACUAUACUAGCAAUGCUUACAGUCCAGUGCAGGAUGUAGCAGAUUCUUGCAGGACUGGUGCUGCAACAAAUGUGAUUUUUGGGUUAGCUCUGGGAUACAAAUCCGUCAUCAUUCCCAUAUUUGCCAUUGCAAUUGCAAUCUAUGUUAGUUUUAGCAUGGCUGCCAUGUACGGUAUUGCCAUGGCUGCUUUGGGAAUGCUCAGUACUAUCGCGACUGGUCUUGCAAUUGAUGCUUAUGGACCCAUAAGUGACAAUGCUGGUGGUAUUGCUGAAAUGGCUGGAAUGAGCCACAAAAUACGUGAAAGAACAGAUGCUCUUGAUGCUGCUGGAAACACCACUGCUGCAAUCGGCAAGGGUUUUGCUAUUGGAUCAGCAGCUCUUGUUUCCCUCGCUUUGUUUGGUGCCUUCGUUAGCAGAGCAGGCAUCAAAACUGUUGAUGUCUUAACCCCCAAGGUCUUCAUUGGGCUGAUUGUUGGUGCCAUGCUUCCAUACUGGUUUUCUGCCAUGACAAUGAAGAGUGUGGGAAGUGCAGCUCUCAAAAUGGUUGAAGAGGUUCGUCGGCAAUUCAAUACCAUUCCAGGACUUAUGGAAGGUAGAGCUAAACCAGACUAUGCCAAUUGUGUAAAAAUUUCAACAGAUGCCUCACUUAGGGAGAUGAUCCCACCUGGUGCUUUGGUUAUGCUUACACCACUUGUAGCUGGAACCUUCUUCGGAGUCGAAACUCUUUCCGGUGUUCUUGCUGGUUCACUUGUUUCUGGUGUCCAGGUUGCCAUAUCAGCUUCUAACACUGGAGGGGCAUGGGAUAACGCCAAGAAAUACAUUGAGGCUGGUGCUUCUGAGCAUGCUAAAUCACUUGGUCCUAAAGGUUCUGAUCCUCACAAAGCUGCUGUGAUUGGCGACACGAUCGGAGACCCACUAAAGGACACUUCUGGUCCGUCACUUAAUAUUUUGAUCAAGCUCAUGGCAGUUGAGUCCUUGGUGUUUGCUCCAUUUUUUGCUGCUCAUGGAGGUCUGUUAUUCAAAUUGCUCUAAAUGGUAUCCACCGAGUAAAUCGGCCAAAUUAUGUCUACUAGUAAAGCACUAUCCUGUAAUUCCGAGCUCUUACUGUUACAGUUUCGACAUGUAAAUGAUAAACGAUCAGGCUUUGCUACUGCCAAUUUUACCUUACCAUGAAUAAAUUUGUAGUUUUCAUGUGUAUA